UAUGCCGUCAAUGCAUGCUUGGCUUCGCUAUAUUCAGUUGAAGGAAUGCAUGUGAUCACAGUGGAGGGAAUUGGAAAUCGAAUGCAUGGCCUGCACCCAGUUCAAGAUGAUGGAGUGGAGAUUGGUGCUGCAGUAAGAUUGUCCGAUCUUUUGACUGUUUUCAGAAAGGUUGUGACAGAGCGAGCUUAUCAUGAAACCUCGACAUGCAAAGCUUUCAUUGAACAGCUCAAAUGGUUUGCUGGAACACAGAUAAAGAAUGUUGCUUCAGUUGGUAGAAACAUAUGUACUGCUAGUCCAAUAUCAGACUUAAACUGGCGUACACCAUGCUUAAUCUCUCAUCCUGGCAAAGUUUCAACAUCAUAGUGAACUACUUUUCAACAAAGUACACAAAGCAUGCUGCUGGUUGCCCGGGUUUGCCUGGGCACAUGAAGGUUCAGAUUUGCCCAAUGGAUGAGCUCCCGCGCUAUUCUGACGGAAUUGAAGUUUCGAUGCCAGACAAUGAAUGGGAAGGCGAGGCAGAGCUUGACGACGACGAUUGUGAUGCUCACAGAUCGGAGGAACACUCAAUAAGAGAUGACACGAUUCAGAAUUCGUGGGAUGAUGAACAACGGGUACACUGGCCCAUUU